UACUUAAUCAUCGAUUUGAAUGGGAGGAUCACGACGUGAUAUUGUGUGGUUUACUUUAUGGGGUCCAGUCCAGCUGAGAUCAAUGUUCAAAUGUGUGUACACAGGAGUUUUGCAAUCAGCAGCACGAUUUGUAGCACGCUUUAGGUUCCACAGGUAAAUAGGGCAAACCUAUUUCUAUUUCUUAAAAAUGAAUGAAGAACCCAAAUGGCAAAAGAAUAAAAUGUAAUGAUCCCUUCACAAGCAAACUUUGUUAGAAAAGUACUUAUACAAGAGAAGGGGGGGCAAAAUCAGCUUGACUUUAUUGAUCCUGAUGCAAAAGAAUAGACUGUUUCACCACCAAAACAACAACCAAAGAAUGGGUCAUUCAGUCAAUUACAAUGAUUAUUAAUAAUACUUUUUAACACCUGGAGUGACUGCCUUGCUAUUGACUUUUAUGGCAGGUGAUUUGCAUAUUUGUGAGGCUGAUCAUAAAAGCCAGGCGGUUAUCCAUAAACCCAAGAAGUACACAGAAGGAAUUGGUGAUCGAAAACGAUACACGGAAAGUAUAUUUUUCUUUUGGUCAAAGCGUAAUCAUGCCGCACUUUGAGAAUGCGAUUAGGAAAAUGCUCCCUAAGACCUAUCGGCGCAAACAUGUGGCCCAUGAAGUAUAUGUUGCAUUGGCCCACUUCCAAAGCCUUGUGCCCAUGAUGAAUAAAUAUGUUUACAACGACGGAACCACAAAAAACUUGAUGAGUCUCACUGGGACCAUUCCUGUCCGGUUUGAAGACGAGACCUACAACAUUCCUGUUUGCCUAUGGAUUGAGGCAAGCUACCCUCAAACUGCUCCCAUCUGCUAUGUCACACCCACUUGUGACAUGAUGGUCCUCAGUGGAAAGUAUAUCUCCAGCAAUGGUGAAGUUCUGCUGCCUUACCUGGAGGACUGGAAGAAUGGCGAAUGUGACCUAGUCAGCCUGCUGCAGGUGAUGGCUGUUAUGUUCGCAGACUUUCCCCCUGUAUGCAUGCGGCCUCAUCCAGAGCCCGAAGAAGCUCCUUGUUGGCUACAGUUCCAUAGACACGCAGAGGUUCUUACAAAGACAGAUGGAAGUUUGUAUCUGAAUUUAGCUGGUGAAGAUGAGCUCCCUGUCCAGCAAGAAAAUGAAACAAACUGUUAGCUUGUGCAAUUUCAUGGUUAAUCUGAACGGUUUGUGUGUUGGCUGUGACGUGUGUGUGUGUGUGUGUUGUGUACAGUGUCAGAUGGUAUCCAUUGAUUAUAUUUAGGUUAAUGCAUUGAUUAUUUCAGAUAAAUAACAAUUGCUUAAUUUGCUUAAUGCUUAAUUUGUUUCAAAUUAUUAAGACCAUGUCAAGCAGCACUUGAAGAAAAAAAUAUUGACCUUGUUUGGUAUAAAUGUAUUAGAUUUUAUUGUACGUCUGUACGUCGCUUUGGAUAAAAGCGUCAGCUAAAUGACAUGUAAUGUAGAUAUUUUUCAAUAUGUAUUUUAUUUUAACAAAGCUUAUAUGACAUUUGAAUGAUUUUCUGUUUAAAGACUGGCAUUGCUUUACAAGCAUCUCAUAAAACUGUACCUUAUCUGCACCCUUUUGCAUUCACUAUCUUCUUAUCUACACAUAUUUUGGACUUUGGAGAGAAGAAGUCAGUUAUUUAAAUAAUACACAAGCAGCCAGAUGCAUGCAAUGAAUCAGAUUUUAGUGGGGGUUUUUGUUUUUUGACAGUGAAUGUAGUUAAAUUGAAAAACUCCGUUUCUGUUUUUAAAAAUGUUGUGAAUUCUUUUGUCAAACGUUUCAUCUGCUGUGCAUAAAAAU